CAAACACAAGUGCACGCAUCCGGCUAAUGUCAGCGCCCAGGUGUUAACUUACUGUAACAUUUAUGCAAUAAUGUGAUUGCGUAUUCGUUGUUUAUAUGUUUAUGCAAUUUUAAAACCAAUGUGAACAGUGUGACCUGUGAUUACUUAUUAAAAUGGACAAGGCAUCUUCAAAACAGUAUAAGGUUUAUAAACUAUAUGAUAAACAACACGAACCAGUUCUUGAAGGUUUGCGUGUUGUUGAACUAGGAACGACAGAGAAACAUUGUCUAGAAUAUGGAGAAGAAGGUAAAUUUCAUCAAAACACAAGACUGGAGUUCAGUGUGUCAGAGAAGAUGGCAUGUACUGCAUGUUGUAUUAGUUUCACAGACAGAAAAGAUCAGGUUCAUCAUUACAAAUUGGACUGGCAUAGAUAUAAUCUAAAGCAGAAAAUGCACAAUUUCCCAACUGUGUCAGAAGAAAUCUUCGAAGAUAUUACAGGGGAUGUGUCAAGCAUCUCGGGCUCUGAUACCGAUGACUCAGAAUCAGAAUCGCCUGGAGAAGGUGACGGAUCUUCUAGCAAAUAUCUUGCAGACAAUUUAUUCGGCUGUGAUUCCAAGAGCAUGGAUACCAAUGAAAAGGGAUCCAUAAAUAAUGAGGAGCAAAGCAUGCCAUUAACUCAGGCUAUUAUGAACAGAACCCCAAAAAUUUUCCUUAGAAAUAAGUCUGAUCAACUGCUGGCUGUCUACAGAUGUAUAACACAUAGCAAAAAGGAUACUCCUAGCAAUGAUGACCUUGCUAACAUAAUAGCAAAUAUUCCCGAUCACAUGAACUGGGCUAUUAUUAUGGCAGGAGGUGGUCAUUUUGCUGCUGGCAUAUUCGACAAGGAUGAGAUAAUGGUGCACAAGACCUUUCAUCGUUACACUGUACGAGCGAAGCGUGGAACAUCUCAGGGAACGUAUGAUGGUGCUCAUGGAAAAGCCCGAUCAGCAGGAGCUAGUUUGCGCAGAUACAAUGAAGCUGCCCUUGCGCUGGAAGUCAAGGAGCUGCUAACGAGCUGGUCGGACAGAAUUACAAAAUGUGAUAGAAUAUUUCUGCAAGCCCCACGAUACAACCGAGGCAUGUUCCUACAUGGUAAAGAUGCUCCCAUCAACAAGAACGACCCUCGCAUUAGCACGAUACCAUUUCCGACACGUCGUCCUACGCUCAGUGAGAUCAAACGGGUGCACAGUUACUUGUCAACUAUAGAGUGCUUUGGUGAGGGUGCUGACAUUAGAAGUCAUCUACCAGUUUCUCCUAGAAAGCUGUUGGGCAACAAGAAACGUCAUAACUUGUGGGUCAAGCCAGAGACCCAUGAUGUAAGUGAUUCUGCAAUUUUAUCUGGCCAGAAAGGGGGAAACAAGGCCAACCAGUCAAGCGACCAUCCUGAGAUACCAGAGGAUCUAGGCAUCCUUAGUGGCAGCGAUGAUGGUGAAAUGGAUAUGCUAGUUAUAGAGGAGAGCAUAGACACACUGGGUCUUCAGGAGAUGGUCUGUAAACCUAAACGCCGACGACGCCGUAAUAAACCGAAAAAACAGUCGGUGACUUCAUCGGCUGGCCAACAGCAGGCGGACACAUGCAUUCUCAAUGAGGAACAUCAUCAACUGAAGAAUGGUUUAUACACGGCUUGCAAGACUGGGAAUGUGGAAGUAAUGAAUCAAUUGCUUAACCAAUUGAGCCAACCCUCCCCUGCUGCGCACUCACCUGAGCAGACUGCUUUUGCUGAGAUACUUAACGGAGCGUUCGGCGAACUAAACAGUACACUGCUACAUGUUGCUGCAAAGGAGGGGCAUGUGCAUGUAGUAAAUCAGCUCCUGGAAGUGGGUAGCAACCCCUGUAUACGUGACAAGAAGGAUAGAACACCAUUUCUAAAUUCGAAGGAUAAAGCAACAAGAAACGAAUUCCGUAGAUUUAUGGGAAAAUAUCCUGACAGAUAUGAUUACAGAGAAGCACAAAUUCCAAGUUCACUGACAGAAGAGAUGGAAAGGGAGAGAGCAGCAAAGGAGAAGGAAAGAAAGAGGUUUGCACAGAAAGCUAAAAAGGAGCGACAGAAAGAGCUGAAGGUUGAAGAAGCAAGGAUUGCAGCAGAGUGCAAAGAGAAGAAGAGAUUUUUAGAACUGUCUGAUCGAGAAAAGAGGGCGCUAGCAGCAGAACGUCGUAUGGUUCAACAUCUGCAGGAGCAAGGCUCCUGCAUACCUGUCCUCGCAAGGUGCUUUCAGUGUGGCACUGAUAUGACAGGACAGACACCAUUCGAGUAUAUGGACUUCAAAUUCUGUAGCACAACCUGCCUGAGGGAACACAGAAAGCAUGGUGAAAUUGGCAGGUAGAAUUUAUCAUGGCAUACACACUACACCGGGCAAUUUGUGAACUUGUGAACACGUGGAUCAAAUUUACUUCAUGUACAGUAUAUAGAAGUAUAUGUAUUACAUAGCUCUACCCGUGUAGCCUUCACUCCCGCCACAGGUCUAUACACCUGACAGUGCUGGGAAAUGGCAAUGAAUCUAUGCAUGACCGGCUAAGCUGCAGCCGAUAAUACAAUAGAAAACUACCCUAGCUGACAAUAUAAAUGUUCUUGUUUAGCCUGCCAUCCUCAAAUUAAACUUGCCUCACCAUAAUCUGUCCAUUUAUUGAACAAAAACUAACCGAAACACGCAGCCAUCUCUGAUUUGAAUACUGAAGGUGCUACGAGCAGGCAGUCUGCCAUGCUGUGAAGGUUCACUGCUACUUCCCAGCACUGUGGGUCAUAUACCCCUGUAGCUGGUGCAAAGGGCUACACAGGUGGAGCCAAUUUAUUUAUCAGCUAGGUUCUAUGCUAUGCUAUGGACUUCAAAUUUCCUCUAUAGCUGCACAUAACCGACGGAAGCACAGCUAUAUGGAAAGCUGGAACUUAAUAAAACAUUCGAAAUUUUAUUCA